UCUCAUGGUUUGGUUCCCGAGAGGUUUUCAACACAAAGAUCCGGCCGUUCUAGCCGAGCAUCUCGUUGGAAAGUGUCUCAGCAAGUGAGCGUGGUUUAUGAGUGGUGGUGCCGCCCCUGCGUGAGAGAUCAUAGUAACAGAAAAGGUGUCACACUCUGGGAUGUGCAUCACUGGAUAUUUGAGAAGCCGUAUGAACUGUGAUAUGUAGUAGAUCCUGAGGAUCUUGGCAAAGGUUAGGGGAAUCCAUCAAAGCUUCUCUACAAGGUCAGAUCAAGGAAGAAGAUAAUACAGGUUUAGGAGUCUUCUGAAUGGCUAAAAUGAACCAACCCACCGUCAGGCUGUGGGUGAAGAUGGAGCCUUUUAUUGUGGGAGCCUUGCAAAUCCCACCUCCAUCCAAGUUUAGCAUGCAUUAUCUCCGGAAGAUGUCAACUUAUGUCCGAAUGCGUUCCAGUGAAAGCUACUAUCCGUAUCUUUCUUGGCCUAUGUGGCAGCAUAUUGCUUGUGGGAAGCUACAGUUAGAAAAGGAUCUUGCUUGGUUGUAUUUUGAAUUAUUUGACAGUCUUGUUGAACGUACUUCAGAAAAGCGAUUGGAAUGGGCAGAGGUGAUAUCCAGUUGUGCAACUGAGGAGGAAGCAGAGAAACAAAGAAACAAGCUAUCUGUGGACACUCUUCAAUUUCUGAUAUUCCUUUACAUACAACAACUAAAUAAGGUUUCUCUAAGAACAUCUCUGCUUGGAGACGAAUGGCCAAAUCCUAGGUCUAAAUGUUACAGUCUGACUGGAGAAUCCACCAAUCAGAUAAAGAACUGGAAUGACAGCUAUCACCAAGAUUUUGUCCAAAACCAUCUCCAGGAUCUUUUGGAACUCUUAUUGGAUCCAGAUCAGCUGACAGCUUCCUCUCACUCUACUCACAACAGUCUGGUGUCACCUGAAGCUGCUCGAGCUCUCAGCUUUCUUAUUGAAGGGAGUGUGAACAACAGCAGGACUGUCCACCAGUUUCAUGAGCUUGCGCUCUGGCAGCCUUUGCAUGCAAAGACUGGCUACUCCAAGAUCUCUAAAGCCUUCUUAUUCUCUAGAUUUGAAUCUUGGGUGAGGACUUGUCUGACAACGAACCCAUUUGGGAUAACUGCUUGCCUUAAGUCUGGAAAGAAGCUUGCAUGGGCACAGCAAGUUGAAGGAGCAACCAAGCGAGCCAGAAUAGCCUGUAAUACUCCUAUGGUCCCUCCAGCCCACCGUGUUGUUGUCAUGAGCCAAGUCUAUAAGCAAACACUGGCAAAAAGCUCUGAUACCUUAGAAGAUACUCAUGUCAAGAUUCAUCGUUGCUGUGAAUCCUUUAUCUAUUUGCUGUCUCCACUGAGAUCUGUGACCAUAGAGAAGUGCAGGAAUAGCACCUUUGUCUUGGGCCCAGUGCAAACAGUAGUUCACCUCCAUAGCUGUGACAAUGUUAAGCUUAUUGUUGUUUGUCACCGUCUGUCUCUUUCAUCAACCAUCAGUUGCACCUUGCAUAUCCUCACUCCAACUAGACCUCUCAUCUUCCUUGGUAACCAAGCAAUAACGUUUGCUCCAUACCAUACCCAUUACCCAAUGCUUGAGGACCACAUGGGCAGGACUGGACUGGCUACAGUUCCGAACUACUGGGAUAAUCCAGUAUUAGUAUGCAAGGAGAACUGUAAUGAAGAGGUGUUCAGACUGCUCUCACCUUUGGAAUUUUAUCCUUUUGUUGUUCCCUUUGAAAUGGAAGGUGACACAACAGAAAUACCUGGUGGGCUACCACCUGCGUAUCAGAAAGCAUUGAGUCAGAGAGAACAAAGGAUACAAAUUUGGCAGAAGGCCGUGAAGGAGGCAGGAUUGACGAAGGACCAGAGGAAGUCAUUCCAAAUGCUGGUAGAGAACAAGUUUUAUGAAUGGCUUGUCCACACAGGCAGUCGCCAACAGCUUGACAGCCUGGUGCUUCCAGUUGCAGGUUCCAAGCAGGCAGCAGGAUAGCAGAAGGGUUGAAGUAACACAAUAGUUAGUUCUGCAGACACACUGUGCCAAAUCAAGAGUGUUUUCCUCUCAAUGAACUGAGGCCAAGCUGAUUUUGAAGCUCUUGUGGUAUUGCUAAUGAAUUUGGAAGGGUGGAUUUCAUUCUGAAGCAAGAGAUGGACUUUCUCUUAGUUCUCCAGGUGUUACUGCAUUUUUCAUUGCUCUGCGCCCUUCCCAGAAGAUGCAGCUCCCAGAGGAAAUCAGCAAUUAUUGCUGUUCAUGCUUCUACAUGUGAUUAAGAGCAAGAUUUAGAUUUGUAGCAUAUAUAAAGGUGUGGCAAAGGAUUUAAUGUUUCUUGGUGGGACACUAGGGUCAAGUUCUGGUUGCUGAGUGAACCUCUUCCUUGCUAUUAACUGAAAAUUGACUGAUUAUUUAAAACAUAAUGGAUGUAUUUUUGUAGCAGUUGUUUAGCAUUUCAGCUAUGAAAGGUAAUUAAAUUGGCACAAUUUUGUUUAACAUUCAGGUCCUUUUUCAGAUUUUGUUGGAUGAUAAAAGUAUUUAGUACUGUCUUUAUACUUUAAGAAAGUGUCUCAGAAAAAGAGGAUCAAAAGCAAACAUAAUCAUACUUAAGAAUAAAGACCCAUUGAUAUUAAUAGGAUUUAUGUCAUCAUGAGUAGCACAGGUUUCAUUGAUUGCAGUGCAGAACAGUGAUGGGGGCCAGACAAUUCUUUUUAGUAAUUUGAACAAGAGGAGGGGAAAUGAUACACCUCUGUGGAUUUGCACUUUUUUAUGUUUACACCUUUGACGUCAGCUUGUGCAUAAAAGUGGAAAAAUAUUUCUGUGCUUCUUUGUCUAAAUGUUAACUCUAACAUGGAUGACCUGAUAUAAACAAAAGUAAACAGUG